AUGAAUAGAAGAGAUUUAAUUCCAUUAUUAUCAGCAAUUGCUUUAGGUGCUGUUUCAGGUUAUUAUAUUUUUAGUCCAGGCCUAAAACAAAUCGGUCAAGAGCAAAGAUUAGAAUUUCAAAAAAAUCAACAACAACAAAAAUAA